AUAUGGCUAGAGGGAGGCGGAGAUGGCCUGGGGGAGCCCAAAGGGGUCCCGCGGGGCCCUUGGGAGCCCUUACUCUGGCUGCAUUGGCUGAGGGGAUCCAGAUCAGCCGAGAAGGAAAUGGACCCAGUCAAGGGCAGCGCCCCCAGGAGUCUGAGAGCCCUACUGAACCAGUCACUGCACCAAGGACGGAGAGUGUGGAACCUGAUGCUGCCAAUGGGGCAUUGAGGAAUGAGCCCCAUUCUCCAAAGGCUUUUAGCUCAGACCCUGAACCCCAGCCCUCGCAGCCUGAACAGUAUCUCCAGUGCCUUCCGGUCCUUGGUUCCUUGUCAGAUUUUGCUGUUCAAACUGUGGUCUGCCUCGAGGAUGCUGGUAUCUCAGGGACCCAAGCCUUGGCCUUCAGUCUCUCUUCAGCCUUGGAGGCUCAGGGUGGACAGCUCCCAGAAAAGGUACGGGAGGUGGUCCAGGGACUACACGGACAGAUGGCUCAGCUCUUGGAAGGCAGGGCAAGGAGGGUGGCCCUGAGGGCACUUUGCUCAUUGGCUGCAGAACACACACAUGAAGUGGUCCAGACCCUACUGUCUCACUCUCUGCCUUGUGACAGUGCAGCUGCUGAGUUGUGGCGAGGCCUGAGCCGGAACCAGAGGGUGAACGGGCUGGUUCUGGUGCACCUGCUGCAGGAGGUGAAGGGCCCACCCCGGCCCCAGGGCCCCAGUCCCAGCUCCAGUCCAGGCCUGAGUCCCCAGGUGGCCAAGCCCCAAGCCCAGGCUUUGGCUGCCACAAGAGCGCUAGGAGAGAUGUUGGCAGUGUCAGGAUGUGUGGCUGCCACGAGGGGCUUCUACCCACAAGUGCUCAUUGCAUUGGUUACACAGCUGCACCAGCUGGCCUGGUGUGCCCACUCCCCCCAGGUUCAAGUGAAGGUCCGGGGCCCUCCCCCUAACCAUGCUAGCUGUGCUGUGGAAGCUUUGAAGGCCCUGCUCAAUGGGGAUGGAGGCCGAAUGGUGGUGACCUGUAUGGAGCAGAGUGGGGGCUGGAGGCGCCUGAUUGGAACUGGGACCCAUCUGGAGGGUGUCCUCCUGCUGGCCAGUGCCUUGGUGGCUCAUGCUGACCACCACCUGCGUGGGCUCUUUGCAGACCUACUCCCACGGCUACAAAGCUCGGAUAAAGCUCGGCGCCUGACAGCUAUGGCCUUCUUCACCGGGCUUCUUCAGAGUCAGCCCACAGCAAAGCUACUGAGAGAUGAAGUCAUUGUGCAGCGUCUGAUGGCCUGGCAGGCAGACCCGGAGCCCACUGUGCGCUGGCUUGGCCUCCUCGGCCUGGGCCACCUGGCCCUGAACCACAGAAAGGCGCGGCACGUUGGGACGCUGCUCCGGGCUCUGCUGGGCGCGCUGGGCGAGGCGGACACGCGUCUGGUGGGGGCGGCCCUGGGCGCGCUCCGGAGGCUCCUGCUGAGGCCGAGGGCACGGGGGCGCGUGAGCGCGCAAUGCACCAGCCUGGGCUCGCGCCUGAGGCCACUGCUGGACCACGACCAGGAUUCAGUCCGUGCCUCUGCUAUUGGGCUCCUGGGCACCUUGGUGGGUCGUUGCUCCCCGCGGCGCACUAGGGCGGUGCGCGAGCUGGUGCUGGGCAGCCUGGUGACCUUGUUGCUGCGCCUGCAAGACCCGAGCCUGGAUGCUGCUGAGAGUGCAGAGUGGACAUUAGCACGUUGUGACCGAUUCCUGCACUGGAGGCUCUUGGAGGAGAUCUCAGCCAUGGUUCACUAUGACAGCCCAGAGGCUCUAAGCCGCACCUGCAGACGCCUGGUGCAGUGGUACCCUGGCCGAGCCUCUGACUUCUUGAACCAGGCCCAGGGCUACCUGAGGAGUCCCCAGAUUCCCAUUCGUCGGGUAGCAGCCAUGUUCAUAGGGUUUCUGAUCCAUCACAUGGACCCUGACUGUGUCAACCCUGGCUUGGUGGACUCACUGCUGCAUGACCUUGGGGAAAUGCAGUGGGACGCUGAGCCUUGCAUUCGGGAUGUCUCCCACAUCACCAUGCACCAAGUGCGGCUAGUGUGCCGGGACCAGGACUCUCCCCGGCGUGGCAGCUUCUCCCCUUGGCAGCUGUUAUGCUGCUGGGGCCACCGCCAAGAUCGGGAGAGACCGGUCUAUGAGGACAGCCCCUUCAAGCCUAGGAGCCGGGCUGGCCUUUGGGGGUGUGGGGCCCCCUCCUGAGCUGCUUCCUAGCUCUGUUUUGAAGAGUACUUGCUCAGCCAAAGAAGCAAGGUCCCUUGCUCUUGCCCAGACCUCACUUGGGUAUUCACAACCCAGGCAUGGAGAUGGAUUCCUUAAACCCUUCCUAGGGGAGAACCUUCCUAUCUACCUGGGAGCCUGUUCCUAGGUGAAAGGUGGAGCCCCUGGACACUUCUCUUUGGUGUGACAUCUUUAGGAUGGUCACAGCCAGUUUAGGGAUCUCUCAGAUUUUCUCAUUUUUACUUCCUGGCCCCAUAAGAUCAUGUAAGCCAGGAACCCAUCACCCCUUAAUGCAUCCAGCCUGUGGACCAAACUGUAUAUGUCAAACACUCUCCAGGGGAAGUGGAUAUUCCCUCUCUCUACCUCCCUCAUUCCCCAAAUGGAAAGGUUUCUCCUACCUGUUACUGAUGGGUCAUCCCACCUGGCUCUGAGAUGUGGGUGGGGAUCCCAAAGAGAAGGCAUAAGGGUAUCCCCUCCCUCUUUAGUGAAGAGAAGGCUGGAGACAAGGGUGUGUAGAUACAGGGAAGCCAAAUGCUACCUCAUCUCCCAACCCCUCAAUACCUCCCGUACCCUAACCCUUGUCUUCUGUCCUACUCCUUUCAAAAGUGGUCUGUAGGACAUGGCAGUAAGACUGAGAAGAAAGAGAAAGACCUGGGCUCUGCCAUAACUAGCAGCAUGACCUUUGUCACUUGUCCCCUUGGAUCCCUCCUUUGUUAAAUGGAGAGAAGCAAUAGAAAAAAUGAGCUCCCCUCCCUCCUCAGUAACAGGCUCUCUCAGCCUGGGGCAUCAGUGACCCAGACCAGAGAGGGCUCCCAGCAUGAGCCAAGCACAGGGGCACAAUCAGGAGGGCAAGCUAGCUUUCCCUCUGGUCUCCAGCACUUUAUAAUAGAUAGAGUCUUUUUAUGCACUGAUUGAUAGGAUUUAGAUAUGUUUUAUUUCUCUGCUGAUGUGUCCUAGCUAUUAAAAGUGUAAGCUCUUUGAAGGCAGGGGCUCCCUCUUAUUCAUUUGUGCCCCCACCCCUCCACUUCAGUGCUAAGCAUGGUUUUUCCCCUUCCUCAGUAAAAUAAGAAUACUUCCAUUCCUUUUCUCAUGGGGUUGUUGGGAGGAAAGCACCCUGUAAGUCCUAAAUGGAUAGCAAUGGGAGUUGCAGCUGAUUUUAUUAUUAUAUGAUAAAUAGAUGUCUGUUGAAUGAAUGAAGAAUAGAAGAGUACAUAAAACAAGUAAGAGACAGGGGGCUCAGGGCCAGGCAGCAUCAGGACCUGAAUGUGCCUUCUCACCAUGGCCGUUUUCCACCCUCCUAUCUUACAAGUACCUCCCUGCAGCUUUCUCCCCAACCCUCCUACCCCCAUUUCCCCCAACUUUACACCUCUUGGAGGAACCUAUUGCUCUGGGAACCGAAUGUCAGAUCUAUAGCUACUACUUCUGAAAAGGGUGUCAGUUAACUGCCCUACUGUUCCCCUUAGCAACCUUGUGCCUUCCCAGACCAAAACAUCCUUCUGUGGCCACCACUUCCUUGCUUAUGAUAUCUCUCCCUAUAAAAUAUAAACUCCUGGAGGGCAGGUCCUGUUUCACUUUUGUAUUUGUAUG